AAAUCUGUAAUCCUCUUGUACCUAAUUUGAGAGACGAAGAUUGUUUGGUCUGUCAGCCAAGGAGCCUUCAAAUAAGAUGAUGCAGCUUAGCGGCGAAGACGACGAUCCCCUUGAGAAAAAUCACAACAUUGAUGGACCCCCUGGUGAUUCUGAGCAGAUGUCUCCAUUCAUUGAUACCUUUCAACAGUGGUCAUAUGCUAUGCGAAGAAAUAUGCAGGAAGUAAUUCGUGGGUUAUACUUAGGACCUUACAGUGCUGCUUGUAAAGAUAAAUUACAAACUCUCUUGGACUGUGGUAUAAGUCAUAUUGUUUGUGUUCGUCAGAGUAUAGAAGCUCACUUUAUAAAGCCAAAUUUUCCUGAUAAAUUCAAGUAUUUAGUAUUGGAUAUUGCAGAUUCUAAAACGGAAAAUAUUAUACAACACUUUAGGCUGGUUAAAAGAUUUAUAGACGAAGGGCUAAAUUCUGGAGGACGAGUGUUAGUUCACGGAAAUGCUGGAAUGUCGAGAUCAGCAGCUCUUGUGCUAGCUUAUCUUAUGGAAACUUUUGACUUGACUCAAGAACGAGCAUUUGCAAUCGUGCUAAAAAGAAGAUUUUGUGUUAAUCCAAAUAGUGGCUUUAUAAGACAAUUACGCGAGUUUGAACCUAUUUAUCAAGCCCAAAGACACUCUAUUAGUGAACAAAUAAUAAGAAGAAAAAGAUCUCUCCACAUGACUGAUAGUGAUAUUGAAAUAGCUGAUAGCUGA